AUGAAGUUACGCCGCUUAUGCUGCGCUCAUAAGUCUACCAUGAUCUCUACUUUAUGUUUGUUAGUUGUUAUUGUUUGUACAGGUAAGGGUUGGGCCGAUUCUUGUGCAUUUUGGGGUCGAUUUUUUGAAUUUUGGUUUUGGCGCCAAAUUUGGCAUUUUAAAAUUGGAGGGUUUAAAAGGCAUUUUAAAAUAACUUUUGGCUUUUUAAAUGCAUUUAUUUUUUUCGUAUUUUACAAUGUAAGAUUUGGAUCAAGGAAUUUUUUGAAUUUUUGUUUUGGCGCCAAGUUUGGCAUUCCGUUUUAACCUCUAUAAAAUGAUAUUUUAGCCAUUCUUUUUGCUAUUAGUUAUGUUUUCUACAAUUUUAAGGGCUUAAAAUCGUAUUUUUCAACAAAUAAAUUUUAAAAAUUUGAAUUUUAUUUUUCCCGCCAAACUAAAAUUUUCUUGGCAUUCUGUUUUAAGGUAACAAAAACCAUUCCUAAGUUGUAAAAUACGCAUCAAAAUUACCUUCCUUUUAGAUGCCGCUGCCCCGAAAGAUACGAGGCAGCCGUACAUAAACAAAGAUGGUGCUCAAGUGGUGCCGAUGGGCAAGGAGGAUACGGAACAGUUGUAUCAGAAAUGGACGGAACAGGGAAUGAGUUCGGUUAUUGCUGCAUUGGCACAUACAAAGUGGGUUUUUGGAGCGUAUAAUCAUAGUUUAUAAUGUUUUGAGUUUUGGUACUAGUGGUACCAGUAGUACCAGUUGUACCAGUAGUACCAGUGGUACCAUUUUUUAAAUUUUUUGGUUUUUAGUUUAAUUUUUUUUUGUAUUUUAUGUUUUUUAAUUAAAAAAAGUUUUUGAACUAUUAGUACCACUGGUACAAAGUGGUACCGAAUUUUCAAAAAAAAUUUUUUUUUGAUUUUUAUGACGAAUAGAAAUAUUGAAGUAAAUUUUAAGCAGGUUUAUUAUUUUUAGAUUAAAAAAGCAUCGUGCACACGUUCGAAAGAUGUUUGGCGAAUGUACGAAGAAUGCCAAGGACAUUAGUUCACAAGCGAAAUGUGUAGAAAAGCUGGAUAACGGCGACUUUACACCUAUUCUAGUGUUCGCUGGGAAGGUAAGACCUUUACUUCAUUUUACUUUACUCUACCGUACGCUAAUUUACCUUACCCUGCUCUACCAUACCCUACCGUACCGUACCCUACCCUACCCUACCCUACUCUACGCUACCCUACCCUACCCUACCCUACCCUACCCUACCCUACCCUACCCUACCCUACCCUACCCUACCCUACCCUACCCUACCCUACCCUACCCUACUCUACCCUACCCUACCCUACUCUACCCUACCCUACCCUACCUUACCCUAUCUUACCCUACCCUACUUUACCCUACCGUACGCUACCUUACCCUAUCCUAUCCUACCCUAUCCUCAUGCUACCGUAGCUCAGCGUACUUCUGCCUGCCUACCGUAUUCUGCUUUCUUCUACCUUACUCUACAUGGCCCUUUGUCUUACCCUACCUACAUACCUUCCGAAUUUACUCAUCGUAUAGCCACCUAUUUACAGAGAAAAAAGCUGACCCGCCUAGAAAAGCUGAAAGAAUUGCCCAAUCCAGAAACUCCUAGGCUCAACCGCUUAAGGCAUUCCUCACCAUGGGUUGGGAACUUUAAAACCCUAAGGGUGAAAAGAGCAUUGGAAGUUCAUAGAAGUGAAAACUACCACUUGUAUCGAAGUAAGGACGAGAUGUCACCUUUUGGAAAGGUGGCCAAGACCUUGUUACAGUCGGUUUUGGAGGUCAAGAAGAAGGAUAUACACGACCGGUGGGUUGAUGUGACAGUUUUUAUGACAUUUUGUGCUAAAGCUAUUACAUACAUCAGCUAGAAUUUCGAGCUUUUUUAGAAAAAUGGUAUUAGUGGUACUAAUGGUAAUAGUGGUAUCGAUGAUACUUUUGGUACCAAUUUUACAAGUAUUUAGAAUGUUUAUAACGAUAACGAUGGCACUAAUGGUACUAAUGGCAGUUAACAAAAAACGGCCGAUUUUGAAAGUGGAAGUUGGGUGAAAGAUUCGUAAUGUAUUUUGCACUGAAAAUCUUCCACUGAACUUCCACUUCCAAAAAGUUUUAAAAAUGCAUUUUUUGGCUAUUAUAAGACAUUUUAAAGAAUGGAAUUUAAGUGGAAGAUUUUCAGUGCAAUUUACGUUACAAAUCUUCCACUCAACUUCCAUAUUUUAAAAUCGAUUUUCUAAUGUAAAAGCGACUACAUUUUGGCUAUUUUUGGGUUGCUUAGAAAGUGGUAGUCAUGAAUUUUAGUUCUAGUACUAUUUUUUAGUACUACUAGUAUCAUUAGUACCAAAAUUCCUAUCUUUAAAAUUUUUUUUAAAAAUUUAAUUUGAAUAUUUGAGUCACAACGAAAAACCUUACCAAUACAGGCUUUGUAAACAACUUUUUUAACAUUUUGUAUUAUUUUAGAUGGGAACAAGUGAUAGAACAAGCCCAGAAUAUCAAUAAGGAAACCUCAAGAUUAUUCGAAAAGAGAGACGAUUCUGAUGAAAACCUAGACGAUCCUUUGAAAUUCAAGUCUAUGGCCAAACAAUAUGAAAAUAAUGGGGUUAUGGAACAGACUAAAAAGGUACCAAAUUUUGUUUUUUUUAAACUUUUUAUGCGGUACAAAGUGUACCAGUGGUACUAUUUUACUUUUUUUGAGUUGAAGUUUGUUUUUUUUAGCAUUUUAAGCCUUUUUUUUAUAAUUUUAAGACUUUUUUAGAAAAUGGUACUAGUGGUACUAAUGGUACUAGUGCUACCAGAUUGUACUAUUGGUACUAUUUUUCAACUUUUUGUUCUUAAAAUUAUGUUUUAUGUCUUUCUUGAUUAAAAAAUGACAUUUUUGGAAAAUGGUACUAUUGGUACCACUGGUAGGUACUAUUGGUACUAAUUUCAAUUUUUUUAUUGAAAAAACAUUUUUUAGGCUCUUUAAGACUUUUUUAGGCUCUUUAAGACCUCACCGAAAAUGAAAUUUGGUAAAAAUGGUACUACUGGUACCGUUGGUACUACUAGUACUAUUUUUAAUUUUUUUAUUAAAAAGGCAUAUUUUGGGCUUUUUAUGACUUUUUAUUAUCAAAAAAUGGCAUUUUUAAAAAGUGGUACUAUUGGUACCACUGGUACUGCUAUUUUCAAAAUUUUGCCUUUUUAGUCCAUUUUACAAAAAAUUCAAUAAAUUUUAAAUUCCAGCUAGCCAAACUGCAAAAAAUCGACGAAGAUGAUCCAAGCUCGCCCGACGUACUCAAUGACAUCGUAUCAGAGUAUGGCAAACAGAAUAAGCCUAAAAGCCCGGAGGAAAAAAUCACAAAUUUGCUGAAGGAUGGCAUCAAGCUGGGCUAUUCAUUGGCUGGUCAUGACACAAGUGACUUUGAUGAAAAGUCAAUGAGGAUCGCUUCACCACGGUUCUUGAGCUUGAUGCCUGAACUAAACUCUAAGAAUCAGGUAACAAACUGACACUUCUGUAGCUUAAAGUUUAAAAAUUGAUUUUUGGUACCAAUUUUUAGAUUUUUGUUACCAAUUUUUAGAUUUUUGGUACCAAUUUGUUGAUUUUUGGUAGUAUUUAUUUGCUUUUCGGUACUAUUUUUUCUUUCAGAUACUAGUUUUUUUCGUUUUUAGGUACUAACUUUUCAUUUUUAGUAUUAUUUAUUUCUUUUUAGGUACUUAUUUCGUACCAAAAAAAGUUAUGGCGUUCUUUAAAAAGUGGAAGUUGAGUGGAAGAUUUUUAGUGUAAUUUGCACUGAAAAUCUUCCACUGAACUCCCAACUCUAAAAAGUGUCAAAAACUUGUUUUUAGGCUAUUUUAAGAAGUUUUGAAAGUGGAAGUUUAGUGGAAGAUUUUCAGUGCAAAUUACAUUACAAAUCUUCCAUCGAACUUCCACUCCCAAAAAUGCUCAAAAGCCUGUUUUUAGGCAAUUCUAAGACAUUUUGAAAAUGGGAGUUAAGUGGAAGAUUUUUAUUGCAAAUUACAUUACCAAUCUUCCACUCAACUUCCACUUUUAUUCUACUUUUAAAACUUAAUUUUUGGGUUGAUAAACAAAAUUCAACACUAUUUUCAGCUAGACCUGGCUUCUCCAUCACUGCUUUCCCUUCACAGUCAAGGUUCGGGGCUGGAGAACCUGACCAGUAUACCAAGUUUAUUGACCGGAAUCAAAGACCAGGAUCGACAGGCUUGGCUGGACUUGAUUGUUGAAGCUUCUGGAGUUUCGGAUCAUCUGAAGGAUUUGAGUAACGUAAGCUUUUUUGAAUUUUGUAAACUAGGACUAAUAGUACAAUUAGUACCGUUUAGUAUUAGUAUCAAGUACUACUACUGCUAAGUAGUGCUAGUACUAUAUAGUAUCAGUGCAGUUUUCUUUUUUUUAUGGUUGAAGUGAGAGCAGGAGUAGGGUUAGUACUAGUACUAGUAGUACCACUGGUACUAACGGUACUACUGGUACAAAAUUCUAAUUUAAAAAAAACAUUUUUUGUUUAAAAUAGCCUAAAAACACGUUUUUGACACUUUUUGAGAGUGGAAGCUGGAAGAUUUUCAGUGCAAAAUACAUUACGCUUGACUUCCACUUUUUUAAAAUUGAUUUUUUGGUCAAAAAGCGGCUAUACUUUGGCAAAUUUGGGGGUUUUUUAGAAAGUACUAGUCAUCAAAUUUAGUUUUAGUACAAUUUUUAGUACUAUUAGUACCACUAAUACCAAAAUUUCGAAUUUUUUAAAAUUUUUUGCGCUUUUAAAUUUAAUUCGAAUUCAGAAUUUAGACAAGAUGAACGGCGCUUUCGAAGACGGUUUCGACAACUACCGUAAUCUGGGCAAACGCAGCACGGAUGGCAUGCCGUUGUACUUCACCAAGGAGAAUGUGACCAAAGUUUAUGGCAAAAAAGGCGAGGACAAUGUGGAACAUUGGGAAACGUUGAACAGAAUGAUAUCAAAAGAGCAGGUAAUACUAUAUAGCAUGGCAUUACUGUAGUUUUAAUAAGUGUAUAGAUAGGGCAGGGACAGUUUAGGCCUGAGAAAGGCUUGUACUGGACUGGAGAAGGCAUUAAGGAGGGGUAAGGUGUUGGGAUGGGAGGGUGUAAUAGGUAGGGUAGGGCCAGUCUAAGUCUGGAAAAGGUUUGUACUGGUCUGGGAAAGCAUUAUUAAGGAGGCGGGAACUGGAUAGGGCCAGUUCAGGCUUUGUCAAGGCUUAGUGUAGGUCUUAAAAAGGCUUGUCCUGGCCUGGAAACUGCAUUAUGGAGUGGGGGGAGAGGGCAGUUUUCAUGCCAUUUCUUCUUUUGUAAACAAAGUUUUUGUCAUUCUUAUAAGAAACAACGAAAGCUCAGUGUAUUCUUAACAUUAUUUUCAAAUUUCGUAAAAUUCCAAAGUCAAUAACAAAAGUUAUGGCACUUGAAAAAUGUGGAAGUUGAAUGGAAGAUUUGUAAUGUAUUUUGCACUAAAAAUCUUCCAUUUAACUGCCAUGACAAAAAAGUUUUAAGAGAACUUAAAAACACGUUUUUAAGAGUUUUUAGAAGUGGACGUUUGGUGGAAGAUUUUCAGUGCAAAAUACAUUACAAAUCUUCCAUCCAACUUCUAUUUCCAAAAAGUGUUAAAAAGUCAUUUUUAGGCCAUUUUAAGACAUUUUAAAAAUGGAAGUUGAGUGGAAGAUUUUCAGUGCAAAAUACAUUACAAAGCUUCCACUCAACUUCCACUUUUAAAAAAGACGUUUUUUUGGUUUUUACUUGAGCUUUUUGGUAUUUUUUGGGCUGUAAAGAAAGUUUUUGAUAAUUUUUUUCAUUUUUAUGAUAGUUUUUACAAAUUUGGAUAUCUAUGUUAAUAUAAAAUGGCAUUUUUUUUAGUUAAAAGAUAUGAACUCAACUGGCUUCGCGAUCUUAACUCCACAACAACAAGCCUUUAUGUAUGGCAAAAAGUCGCCGUACGCGGAUUCUGGAGCUCUGAAGCGUUUCCAGAAUCUGACCAAAGAGGACGUCUAUUCAGAAUUGGACAAAGAUGUCAAAGCCUUGGCCGACUCGGGCUCUAGGCUUGAUACUAGGCUUAAGGAUGUGGUGUUGUCGCCGAUUACCUUCACCUACAUCGUGAACACCUUCAACUACGGGUCAUCGACGAUUCUGUCGCCGUUGGCGUUCUCGCCGUCGAUUCUGUCGCCGACCGUGUUCGGGCCGAUGAUCGUGUCGCCGUGGAUCUUUUCGCCUCAAAUUUUGUCGCCAAAGUUGUUCUCGCCUCUGAUUCUGGCUCCGUACAUCUUCUCGCCGCUGAUCUUGUCGCCGCUCAACUUUCACGUUCAGAUUCUGUCGCCCGGGAUUUUUAAUCCGCACGUUCUGACACCGUUCCUACUGUCUCCGCUGAUUUUAACUCCUCAGGCAAGUUUUUUUUGAAAUGGAGGGUAGGGUAGCGUAGGGUAUGGUUGGUUUUGGAAGGGGUAGGGUAGAGACAGAAUAGUAUCAGUAUAGGGUAACAAAGAGCAGAGCAGGGUAGGGUGAGGUUUUGGGGUAGGUAGGGUAUAGACAGAAUAGUAUCAGUAGCGCAGUACUAUUAUAGGACUAGGAUAUUAGGCUACAGAGGGUUACUGUAGUAGCACGGCAGGGCUGGGUAAGGUAGGCUAGGCUAAGGCAUAUGUAGGAAUAGUCAACUACGGUAGGUAUAAGAAAGUUACACUGGGCUACGGUAGAACUACAGUAAGAAAGUCGGGGUGACUGUAAGACAGCAUACUGAAGUCCAGGUCAAGGUAGGGCUAGAGUAGUACUAGGCUAGGUUCAUGCUAAUGCUACAAUAGGUAUGACAGUAGUACGCUGUAUUACAUUAGGGUUAUAGCGAGGUUAUAAGAGGGUUACCGUGGUAGUUAGGUAGGGUUGGUAGAGUUGUCACAGCAAGAAGGGUAGGGCAGGGCAGGGCAGGGCACUGUAGGUAUAAAGUAGGGUAGGGUAGGAUAGGGUAGGGUAGGGUAAAAUAGGGUAGGGUAGGGUAGGGUAGGGUAGGGUAGGGUAGGGUAGGGUAGGGUAGGGUAGGGUAAGGUAGGGUAAGGUAGGGCAGGGUAGGGUAGGGUAGGGUAAGGUAGGGUAGGGUAGGGUAGAGUAGGGUAGGGUAGGGUAGGGUAGGGUAGGGUAGGGUAGGGUAGGGUAGGGUAGGGUAGGGUAGGGUAGGGUAGGGUAGGGUAGGGUAGGGUAGGGUAGGGUAGGGUAGGGUAGGGUAGGGUAGGGUAGAGUAGGGUAGGGUGGGGUAGGGUAGGUUGUGUUAAGGGGGUGGAUGCCUACUUUAAGACUAUUCAAGCUUUAUUUUAGGUAUCAAAACAUAAUAAACUUUACUUUUUAGGUAUUCUCACCACUAAUCCUAUGUCCGCAAGUGUUGACACCAUUGAUUCUGAACCCUUCCGUGGGAUCGCCCAAAGUCUUGUCGCCAUUCGUCUUGUCGCCGUCGAUCUUUUCGCCGCAGGCAUUAAGUGCUUUGGUACUAUCUCCGUACGCCAUAAGUCCAUUGUUCUACUCUCGGGUCGUGUUCUUCCGACUUAUUUUGUCGCCAUCGAUCCUCAGUUAA